AUGUGGUUCGGACAGCUGAUCAUCGGGCCGCCGGGGUCCGGGAAGUCCACCUACGUGGCGGGGGUGGAACACAUAUUGAAGCAGAUAAAUAGGAAGCUAGUGCUCAUCAAUCUGGACCCCUUUGUGGAGAAUGACGUGUACAAAGCGGAUGUCAACAUUAGUGAGCUUGUGGAUAUAAAGAAAGUCUUCUGUGAUCUGGGCUUAGGACCGAAUGGCACUCUGAUAUAUUGCAUGGAAUACCUCCUAGCAAACUUCGACUGGCUGGAGGAGAGACUAAAUGAAUACAAGGAUCACUACCUACUUAUUGAUACCCCCGGGCAAGUGGAACUGUAUACACAUAAUGAUGCGUUGAGAAAGAUUGUUAACAAGAUGACAAAGAUGAACUGUAGACUGACUUCCGUGCACAUUGUUGACAGCACUUUAUGCUCCGAUAACUAUAAAUAUGUUAGUGCACUACUGCUAUCCUUGUGCAGUCAGAUUCACUUAGAAUUACCCCAUGUGAAUGUUUUCUCCAAAAUUGACUUGUUAAAAUAUUUUAGAGACGAUUUAGAUUUCCCUCUGAGUUACUACGUCCAAGCGCAGAAUUUGGAGCAGCUCACGUUGUACGCGCGCUACCAGAAUGAGUCCUCCUCCGACUCGGAUAGUGGAGACCCACCAGCUACCUCCUUAAAUGUUGGAAGCCACUCUCCUCAGCGCACCAUCAAACAGGUCAUCCAGAAUGAAAUAAACACUGGAAACAUAAAAAAUGCCAAGAAAAACUACAGGAGAUUCUCCAACAAAUAUCUGAAGCUAAAUGAGUACAUAUGCGAAACGGUGCAGGAUUACAACAUGAUCAAUUUUGCCCUUCUGGAUAUACAAGACAAAUAUAGUGUGCUUAAGCUGCUAAAGAUUAUCGAUGGAGCUAAUGGGUUUCGCUUCAGCUCCAUUUACUCCGAGUACUCUCUCUUUGACACGUACGUUGAGGCCAUUGAGUAUGACUGUGAUGAUAUUCAGGAAAGGAUCGUCGACGUUUCGGAUGAGGAAAAAAAUUGA